GGCUAGGCAGGAGAAUAUAAAGGGCCCUGAUCCCUGCUCAGCUCAACUCUCCACUGGAAGCCUCUGCCUUCUCCUUUCUGUGGGAUCUGAAACUUGCAAGAUGUCCCAGCAACACACACUGCCAGUGACUGUCCCAGCUGUGGUUCAGGAAUCUGUCAAGACUGUGUGUCCUCCAGCUCAUACCCAGAAGGAACAGUGGAAGCAACCAACUCCACAACCUGCACAAUGCCAGAAGAUGUUCUCUGAGACCCACGAGAUAGGCUCCCCCAAACAUGAGGAGAAGGGCAUAACCCCUGUGAAGGGGCUGCCUGAGCAAGACUGUGAGUACCAGCAGGAGCAGGGACCACGAAAGCAGCCGCCACCUGUGAAAAAGUCACAGCAGGAGCUGCAGGAAAAGGAACUCCAUCUGGGGAAGCAUCCUUCACCACAGGAGCCACAGGGACAGCAGCAGCAGCAGCAGCAGCAAGACACACUGGCAGCACAGGAGCUGCAUCUGAGACAGCACCAGAAGGAGAUGCUAAAGGAUCCAGAACUGCACCUGGGUCAGCAACAGAGAACUUGUGAGGAGCAGGAACUGAUUCCAAGAGAGAAGCAGCAGGAAUCAGAAGAGAAGGAGCUGCACCUGGGACAGAGGCACCAGGAGCCACAGGAACAGGAGCUGCACCUGGGACAGAAGCAAAAGCAACAGGAGUCACAGAAGCAGGAGCUGCAGCUGGGGAAGCACCAGCAGCAACAGGAGUCCCAGGAGCUGCAGCUGAGACAGCAGGAGAAGCAGAAGCGGUGUGAUCCAGAACUGCACCUGGGAAAGCAGCAGCACAGGGAGUCACACGAGCCAGAACUGGACCCGGUAGAGAAGCAGCAUCAAGAGCCACAAGACCCAGAACUGCACCUGGGAAAGAAGCAGGAGUCACAUGAGCCAGAACUGGAUCCGGUAGAGAAGGAACAUCAUCAAGAGCCACAAGACCCAGAACUGCACCUGGGAAAGAAGCAGGAGUCACACGAGCCAGAACUGGACCCAGUAGAGAAGCAGCAUCGAGAGCCACAAGACCCAGAACUGCACCUGGGAAAGAAGCAGGAGUCACACGAGCCAGAACUGGACAUGGGACAGGAUCAGAAACAGAGACAGAACCUGCAUGAGCCAGAACUGCAUCUGCAAAAGCAGCAGCAGCAACAAACAGAGCAUGAAGGAUAUCAAGGAACAAAGAGCGUGGGUCAGUCACAGAAGCAAGAGAAAGCACCAAGGGAGCAGCAUCUGGAGGACUCACACAUAGAACAGGAGAAGGAACUCUUGGACCAGCAACUGGACCAAGAACUACUAAAAAAAGGUGAGCAACUGGAAAGAAAAGAUAAGCAACCACUGGAGCACCUGACACAGAAGGGGAAGCAGGUAAAACAAGUUGUACCAAACACUGAGCAAGUCCAAAAGACUCAGCCAACCCAACUGGUGAAAGACUUGCUCACUAAAGAGAAACAGCAGCAUAAGCAGGAAGUGCAGUGAUACUGAAAGGAAAGCAACCACUGCAGUGUCUCAGAGACUCUCCAACCAUCCCACAAGGAAAGAGAGCCAUUCACCCUUUCGUUAGGUCCCUGGCUAACCUACUCACCCAUGAAUCUGUCGGGUUCUGAAAUGUCAUGUCUAUGACAGGCAGGGAUACAGGAUGUUAUAACCCAGCAUCCACCCCAAGAAGCUCAAUCCCAAUCUUAGAUAGCCGAGGCUCUUCCCAGGGUUUGGAGUGGGGGCCGUGAGGGGAGAAAUUAGGAGGCCUAUCAUUAGUGUAGCAUAUUGUGGCAGAAUCUGUGAAUGUGCACGAUAUCUAAUAAAUCCUGAAAAUCCUG